GCCAAGGCAGCCGCGUUCGGCCAGUUGGCUGCCUGAGUGCGGCCUGAGGAAUUUUAUCUCGGAACUUCGCUUUCCCCGGAUCCCGGACCCAGCCCGACGAUCACGGUCUAGCUCCAUCGGCCAUCGCAACAAAAAAAGUUGAUAUGAUAGAAGAAGUGUAUCAGGCCUGCGUCCGGGACAUUGGACAGCUCCAAUAGACACAACAAUGGCCAAGCGCAAGAGAGACAAUGCCGCCAAGGAUGGCUCCUCGGUUGACAGCCCUCGAAAAGCCAUCAAAGCCACGACUGCUCCGGAACACCAGUCAUCAACCGCUGAGCCGUCUGCGCCAGUAAUCACCCUCCAGAUCGUGACUGGCUCGUAUGAGCGAGUUCUUCACGGUUUCACGGCUGGUCUCUCGCUGUCCUCUGAGGACAAUACUGACACUUCAGCGGGCACACCAUCUGUACAAUUCUCUGAUACUUUCCUCUUCCAUGCCCACGCUUCGGCCGUUCGUUCUCUGGCAAUAUCUCCGUUGCCGGAACCAGAUCCCUCACAGCCGCAGAAGGUCAUUCUCGCUAGCGGUGGUAGCGAUGAACGUAUCAAUCUUUAUACCCUGUCGGUGUCGCCUCCGCUGGUGAACGACAAAUUUCCAUCUGUGCCAACCUUGGCGGGGAACAAGAUCCUGGAGAAUCCAAAAAAUCGCGAACUCGGUUCUUUGCUACACCACUCCGCCAAUAUCUCUGCUCUCUACUUUCCGUCCCGCUCCAAACUCUUGGCCGGUGCAGAAGACAAUACAAUCUCUGUCACUAAGACCCGAGACUGGUCGGUUGUAUCCACAAUCAAGGCUCCCCGACCAAAGGCACAGGGUCGACCUAGCGGGGAUACAGCCCCUCCUGGAGCGUCUCCAUCUGGCAUCAAUGACUUUGCGGUACAUCCCAGUAUGAAGUUGAUGCUCAGUGUAGGGAAAGGAGAGAGAUGCAUGAGACUUUGGAACCUGGUUACGGGAAAGAAGGCUGGUGUGCUCAACUUUGGAAAAGACAUUCUACAGAGUGUGAAGGAGGGUAGAUGGGCAACAGGGGAAGGCAGGAGGAUUGUGUGGAAUGCAGAGGGAGAAGAAUUCGCUGUUGCUUUCGAGCGGGGUGCUGUCGUGUUUGGAACGGACUCAACACCAAAGUGCAAACUGUUGCCAAGUCCAUUAACCAAGCUCCAUGAUAUCAGUUAUGUUACUGUUAACCAAUCGAAAGAGGGUAGAGACGAGGUCCUAGCAGUCUCGACGGAAGAUGGAAGGGUGAUUUUUUACUCGACGAAGACUACUCAGAAGUCUAAGAACGAGGAUGGUGAAGAGCAAAUCCCCGAUGCAGUGGUCAUCGCUCAAUUCGGUGGGAAGCCGUCCGGCCUUUCAGGACGUGUCAAGGAUUUCGAGAUCCUGGAGCUAGACGGUCCUGGGGCAUUCAAGGAUAGCCUCGCCGUCGUCACUGGCGGCAGCGAUGGCGCAGUCCGUAUAUGGCUGGUUGCAAAGGAGGAUCUGAAGACAAGAGAGACUGAGAAGUCUAAGAAGGAAUCCAAGAAGGAUGCUCCGAGCCCACGGCAGGUUGGAACGCUCCUGGGCACUUACGAGACCGGAAACCGCAUCACUUGCCUGAAAGCUUUUGUGAUGCGACAGUUUGAUGACCCGUCAGCUACUGACGACUCAGAUUUCGAAUCCGAGGAAGAAGUCGAGGAAGCAAGCAGUGAUGAGAGUGAUGGAGAGUCAGAGUAGGAGUCGUGACGAGAUAUUAUGUUGCAUUGAGACCCCCAAAAAGUAUACCCCACGUUGUAAAAGCAUCACUUCUUAUAGAAUGAAUGUACAUUACCUGGAAAAAUAGUAACUCAAGCUGCACAUCAGUCAGUAUAUUACUGCCUGCUAAGAGAAUAAGUAUGUUGCCAUAAUAUAUGGCUGGUAUCUGCGCUGUUUAGAAUUAUGGCUACAUGUGAGUCAGUGCCUGGUCGGUUAACUAUUGUUACUCGCCUAUUAGUCCUGAUGCUGGGGGAGGGUGUGGUAGAAAAGGAUUGACAGGACAUUAUGUUUGUAUAUAGAUUUCAGCAGUCAAUAAUUUCUGCUGUCUUCUUCCGAACUCCCCAGUAGUCUUGGUGAUAUAUUGUGCUA